UUUAAUUUGUUAAUGUCGUGCUGAACUUAUAAAUACCACGUAAUUUAAUGUUGCCUAAGUAAAACGUUCUUCGUUGUGCAUGAAGCAUACGACGCGACGUGCGAGCUUCUAAGAGUGUUACGCUCCUAGGCAAGAUUUACUAUUCUUUUUAUAAAAUUUCUGUACCGCAAAGAUCUAUAGUAUGUAAUCAGCAGUCAUACUCUCAUUUGUGAAAUAACAAGCGUCGAUUAGUAAGAGGCGAAAAUGGAAGAGAAGGUACAUGUGCAAGUGAAAGACAACUCGCCAUCGAUAGAGCGCAUCUUACGUCCAAUAUCGUACUGCGCCUGGCUCUUGGGCGUCGGGAUUGCACAUCCGCGAAAGUUUUCAAAAUCUACAACGAUAAUCAUACGUAUAAUUCACCUUGCUAUGUGUUCCAAUUUCACGAUACUCAACACAACAUUUUUCUUCACUUCUUUUUCUUCCUCUCUACGGAUAUUCACCAUACAAAUGUACUUAUAUUGUCUAAACAUAAUGACAAUAUGCAUAUCAGCCUUUUAUUAUAUUUAUCACGGAAUGAGGCAGUACAAUAAGUGGCCGGAACUAAUGGACAGAUUGAAAGAACUCGAUCAGAAGAUCAGGGAAGAAAUAUCCAUGAAUGACCGGUCUAUAAAAAUUGUCGAAGCGUUAGCAGUUCUCAUAACGUUCACUUGUCCUUUGAUACCAAUUAUUCAAUUUCUGUACGAUUAUUUUAAUUCUUCAUAUCUAAGUCAUUCUUCAUAUCACAAAAUGUUUAUAAUAAUUGUGCUGUUUUAUUACAUAUUAGCACAGUCGUUGAUCAACAGCUUUGUCUUCGACGUUGUUGUCUAUGUGUUAUAUUGCAGAUUUCAAACAGUAAAUAAAUUGAUUGUCCAGUUGGAUGAGUUAUACGAUGUGCAACAAAUAGAGUUCAAAAUUAAACGCAUCAGAGAAUGGCAUUUUGAUAUUUGUGAUCUCGCCAGAAUGGUAAACGAUAUUCAUAGUGUUUAUCUCCUCUUCUACUCGGUGAACUGCUUCAUCAAUGCUGUGGCUUCUUCAGCAUUUCUUUUUCAUGCCAUUUCCAAUUAUAAACACUUGGCGGAAAUGCUGCCAUAUAAUUUCUUUUACAUUGUAUAUGCUAUGCAAUUCUGCUUGAUUUGUUGGACUUGCACACUCGCGUGUCAAGAAUCCAAUAAGACCGGGAGACUCAUACACAAAUUUAUAUUGAAAUACAAAUCUGUGAAUCUUGAUAAAAACGAGGCGAGUAAUCAAUCAAGUCUAGAAAUGCUACUGGACGAUUUGGACAGCGAGCAAUAUUCUAAUUGUAGCAGCAGUCAUAAUCCGUAUGUCGAGGAAAAUUUUUUGCACAGAAAUCUCGACCGAGAAUGUGUCACAAAAGUGGUCAAUGAUUUUUCGACACAAUUGCAGCAGAAUCGAUUAACAUUUACGGCGUGCCAUUUCUUAGAACUAAACAAUACUUCGUUCUGUUUUUUCGUCGGGGUGAUCUUCACUUAUCUAACGAUCUUCUUUCAAAAUACUAAAUAAUAAUCUAAAUAAAAAAAAAAUACUAAAAAUGUAUUUGAAGCGUUCGGAAAUGUAUUGAAAUCCAACGUCAUGCUUUUUUGCAUUAUAUGUACCACUUGUAAACAUUUAUUCUUUUUCUAAAAAUUUGUGUACUGUUAUAAUGUAUAUUAAUAUUGUCUU